GCGUGGCCAGCGGCUGUCAGCAGCAAAAAUAACAGACAUCAGAUUUGAGUCGCUUUUUAUUUACUGCAAUCAAACCUUGCAGUUUUGAUUCAAUUAGAAUGAACUGAGCGGCCUCGAAAUGACUGUGUCGAACGCGCACCUUAGCCUGACCAGCUUCCUGCUGUCCGGCUGUCUGAGCCUGCUGGCCGUCGUUUCUCUUUUGAUCGACGAAGAGACGGUUGGACUGGUGCGCGAAUACACACCUGUGCUUAUUCUCGCCAAUUACGUUUUGGUCAACCUAUACUACAAGCUCUUCUACCAAGGUUACCAUUACCAGAUUGCCGUGAGAGCAACAUUCCUAGGCACAGUUUUCUCGACGGGAUGUCUCAUCUCCGUUUUCGCUUCCUUGUCCUGGAUGCCGCUUGGAUUGUACAUGAUAAUCAUGGCGAUUUUCCACUUUUCCGAAUUCCUAGUGACUGCGCUUGUGAACGCCCGGACACUGUCUCUCGACUCGUUUUUGCUCAACCACAGCAAAGAAUACGGAAUUGCCGCUCUUGCUAGUUGGAUUGAGUUUUUCCUCGAAAGGUGGCUCCUCCCUGAAAUGAAGGAGUUGUGGUUGUUUUUGCUGGUCGGUGUGGUCUUUUGUACUGCUGGAGAAGUACUCAGGAAAGCCGCAAUGAUGACAGCCAAGACCAACUUUAAUCACAUUGUGCAGAGUGUCCGGGAAGAUGGACACCAGCUAGUCACUCAUGGUGUGUACGGAUUGUGCAGACACCCAAGCUAUGUUGGAUGGUUCAUCUGGUCAAUUGGCACACAGUUGGUUCUGCUGAAUCCACUUUGCCUCUUGGCAUACACAAUGGCGUCGUGGAAGUUUUUCCAGACAAGAGUUCUCAUUGAAGAGGUGUCACUGCUCAACUUUUUUGGCGACCAAUAUUACGAAUAUCAGCAGAAAGUACCGACAGGGCUACCCUUUAUAAAGGGUUAUAUGUAAGAGCAUAAACGAAUUAUCCGAUUUUACAAAAAAAAAAAUAAUGAGCAUUUUUUCCAUAGACUGAUCAUUUAAGUAGAAAUCUUAAAAUAAACUUCAUCAGGUUAAAUUUUAAUUACAAA